AUGAGGACGGUCAAAAUCGACGCCGCCGCACCUCCGCCGGAUAAAAACAAUCUCCGGCGUCCCAAACUCGGCGCCCUCCUCUCCACCACUCCACCCGCCCCUAACGACGGUGAACGGGACAGCGAUUUCACUGGCAUCCCAUACUCCCCCCGCCGCCGCUACAGCGACGCCUCCCCAGUAACCACCCCCGCCGUCUCCCACCGCACCUCCGCCGUUGCCGGGACCCCAACCUUCUACUCGAACCCGAGCAGCGCGCACUCCUCGCCGUACAACAACCUCAUGUCCCCAUGGAGCCAGCCUUCGCCGUACGCGAAGUCGCCGUGGACGUACCAGAUCGUCGAUUCGUCUAUUUCGCCGCCGUACGGCGGCGACACACAAGUCGAUUUCGCCGGUAACGGCCUCAUCGGGUCGCUAAUCCGAGAGGAAGGCCACAUAUAUUCACUCGCCGCCGCCGGCGAUUUGCUGUACACCGGAUCUGAGAGUAAGAAUUUACGGGUCUGGAAGGAUAUGAAGGAGUUUUCCGGGUUCAAAUCGGGCAGCGGGCUGGUGAAAGCGAUAGUCGUAUUUUCGGAUCGGGUUUUUACGGGUCACCAGGACGGUAAGAUCCGGGUCUGGAGGUAUUUGGGGGACAAGAGGAAAACGCACAAACGGGUCGGUAAUUUACCGACUACCCGAGAUCUGCUGAUGAAAUCGAUCAACCCGAGGAGCUACGUGGAGGUGCGCCGGCACCGGAACGUGCCGUGGGUGAAGCAUUACGACGCUGUUUCGUGUCUGAGCGUGGAUCCGGAGCAGGGUUUGCUGUAUUCGGGUUCGUGGGAUAGGACGCUCAAGGUGUGGCGGAUCUCGGAUUCAAAGUGCCUGGAGUCGAUCCGGGCCCACGACGACGCCGUGAACUCGGUGGUCGUCGGGUUCGACGGCCUCGUGUUCACCGGAUCUGCCGACGGCACGGUGAAGGCGUGGCGGAGGGAGCUGGUGGGGAGGUCGGCGGGUCACGUGCUGGUGGGGACGUUGCUGAAGCAGGACCACGCGCUGACGUCGCUGGCGGUGAGCCGGCCGGCGGCGGAGGAGGGCGGCGGAGGGGCGCUGUACGCGGGUUCGUCAGACGGGCUGGUGAGCUUCUGGGAGCGGGAGAAGCACUUCGUGGCGUACGGCGGCGUGCUGAGGGGGCACAUGUUGGCGGUGCUGUGCCUGGCGGCGGGGGGGAGCCUGGUGGCGAGCGGGUCGGCGGACCGGAGCAUCUGCGUGUGGCGGAGGGACGGCGGGGGAGCGCACUCGUGCCUGGCCGUGCUGACGGGGCACGCCGGUCCGGUGAAGUGUUUGGCCUUGGAGAGGGACGGCGGAGACGGCGACGGCGACGGAAGCGGAAGCGACGAGGACGGCGAGGACCGGCGGUGGAUCGUGUACAGUGGGAGUCUGGAUAAGAGCGUGAAGGUUUGGAGGGUGUCGGAGGGCAUGAGGGAACUGCAGGGGGAGUGA